AUGACAGGGUGUGAAAUGUCGCGGGAGAAGAAUGACAGACACGCAGAUGGUAACAACAAGCCGAGCGGGGCCCCGCAAUCCCCGCAACGGGCCACGGAGUCGCACAACUACACCUUUCCAACAAGUGAAGCCCAGAGGGCCGUUUAUGAUUAUCUAAAGAAAGUAAAACCCAUCGCAGAACUAAAUCAACCAACGGAGGUUCAAACGUAUACGGAGGCCUCCGUAAAAGAUGUCCUACACCCACUUAUUGAGAGCCAUAAUAUAAUCAUGGUAGCGGGGGCAUUUUUUGGUGAUGAGGGAAAGGGAAAGACAGUGGACGCUGUUUCGCAUCACCCAGGGUGUACAUGUAUUGCACGUGUGAAUAGUGGUGAAAAUGCUGGACACACUGUAUAUGAUGAUAUGGGACGUAAAUUUGUUUUUAAUCUUGCACCAUCUGGUCUUCUUACACCAGGAAAACGUAACUAUGUGGGACCAGAGUGUGUAAUGGACCCGAUUAGUUUCAUGGAGAUGGAGGUGAGUCAACUCAUUGCGGCAAAAGUCUCCUAUCAAGAUCGGUUGUUUAUUGGCAAUGUAAUGAUUGUAACACCAUACCACAAAUUGCUUGACCUGCUCGCCUCAGCACCGAACUCUUCUACAUUAAAGGGAAUGGCCCCCGUACAUGCAUCUAAAGUAACAAAGCGUGGUAUUCGCCUUGAUCACAUCUUUGAUGACCCAGAGGUGAUGCGUCGACGGUUGGCAAAGGAUAUGGAUACAUACUUUGGCUUUCUAAAGGUAAAGGGAUUAUCAGAUGCGGAUGUCCUUCGUCGAUGUGAAGAAGAAAACAGUGAUGGGGUACAACGUGUACCGCAGCAUGUGAUGGAUUUUGCCCAAGCCUCGGAUAAAGUGGAGUUCUUGAUUCAACUCUACACUGAACGGGUAAAGAAUAAUAAAGAAUUUCCAACAAGAUGUGAUGUAACACAUGAACUGCGUUCUGCAUUGGCUCGAGGAGAAAAGGUCUUAUUGGAAGGACCACAAUCCUAUUGGUUAAGUAAUGCCAGAGAGAAGUUCUGGGAGAGUACCACCUCCGCAGACACCACAGCGAGUGGAUUACUGGCAACAGCACAGUUUAACUUUCAGCGGUAUAACGCAUUGGUUAUUAAUGUACACAAAACACCUGGAAGCAGCCGUGUUGGUAUUGGAGCUAACCCAAGCAGUUUUGUCCCUCAGGACUAUUUUUCAGCACAAGGCAUUAAAACAUUAAAGGAUCUUCCUAAUAAUAUGUGUGUGGAUUUUGACAGUAUUCAACGAUUAUUCUUUACAAAGGCCUUCCACGCUGACAGUAAAGAAUUUAAUGGUAUUUGGGAACCACUGGAGUUUGAAGAUGCAAGCGGUAAGUACAACAUUGGAGUGGCUAUGGCUAUCGCCUCAUCACGACAUCAUGGUGAGUGCGGUGCAGUAACAAAGAAACCCCGCGUGUGCGGAUUUUUCGAUUGUGUAAUGCACUUUGAGGUAACUGCAGUGCAGGGACCGUACCUUUCCAUCUCCGCCCUUGACCGUGGUGAUGAUUACGAAAAGGUCGGUGUCACAAUUGCGUACAUCUAUUAUAAUCCCAAGAAGAGUGUUGUAAAUAAUAACGGGCGUUUAUAUCAGAAUGGGGAUAUUAUCCGAGCUGGAGAUGCCGUGCCUAGCGAGGCUGCACUUCACUAUUGCUAUCCCAUUGUAAAACUCAUUAAUGGAUGGAAGAGUACCCCAAUUGCAGCCUCUAAACGUAAAGAAGGUGAUCCAUUACCCCGUGGGGUCUGUGAAUUCAUCGCUACAGUCGAACACUUUACAAAAGCAAAGGUCAUUUCUAUUGGAAAUGGGCCAAUGGGUAAGGAUAUUAUAUAUAUCAAGCAGUAA